AUGAUAAAUAAAUAGAAAUAGUAUGAGCUGAAAAUUUAAUAUUCUUUUGUUCAUUAGAUCGGCACAACGUGUUGAUUGUAAUCGGGCGACAAAACCACAGCGUAAAGUUACAAAUUUUUUAAAGAAAUAAUUUUCAAAGAUUAAGCCGUUUAAUUUUAUCAUGGUGUUCAUCUAGUGAAAAAUUAUUUGUGAUUAUACGGCGGUAGUUAUCGGAUAUAUCUAAAAAAUAGGCAUAACCAUUAAACGCGAAAGUGAUUGUGUAACGUUAAUCAUUCAAUUCAAGUACUUAUAAUUUGCAGCUGAAGUAUCGAAGAAAUGUGGGAGAUAGGAAAGUCGAUUGCAGCAAAUUUAUUGAAAUAAUCAGUUUAGUGGAAAGGAGAAUUUCUACAAAGGAUCUGUGAAAAAAAGGAAAAGAGCAAAGGAAAUCUAGCAUCCAGACAAACAGGCAGGUUACAUAAAAUCGUGGCGUGUUCUGUGCUUGGUGUAAAAGAGAGUGAGAGAGGGUCGUAAAAGAAGAGGUGGCCGUGGCAGUCGAAGAGGAGUGGCGUUUGGGCAGCGGCGGCGUUGCAGCGGCGCGCGUCUUUGCAUAGUGGCGCGCUCUAUCCUAAGUCGUGAGUCUCCGUAGUUGAUCGGCAAUCUCCGGCCGAUGAUUGCCGAGCAUACAUUACUAUUUUCAGGCACAAGAAGGCACCUCUUGACGGGUUUUCAAUAAGUGAAGGGCAACGGUGCGAACUAUUUUUUUCUUUUAAUUUGACUUUUACGUGCGAUAGAUGCGGAAAUCGUAGUGCGGUGUGCGCGCGCGUUACGACGGACGAUGUUGGAGCGCGUCUCGGCAGGUCUUGGCGCCUGACGGUCGGUCGGCGAAAAUGAAAGAAGCUCAUCGCUUGGAGCAGCUGAUGGCGGCCGAGUACUGUUCGAGUCUCCGUGUCUCCUGUUAGCCCCUUUAAGAGUGACCAAGUGACCAUAGUGCUGUCGUGUAAACCGACAGAUCACGAUAACCGUUGCUAUAUCGGUUGGCCGGAGAGAGCGCUGUUUCGGCCAACGAGGUAUAUUAUAACGGUGCUCCUUUCGUGCACGGCGCCCGCGAGAGAGACACGUAGCUGCCAGCGGCAGCCCCGGCUAUCGAAUUCUCGCGAGGGAAAAAAGCCCAGCAUAGGGGCGCCGUUUCGUGUAAAUUGCGUUCGGGCUGACGUUCUAAAUCGGAAAUUAUAUUAACAAGGAACUUACUUUUGUUCCCUAUCUGUCUGGCCGCCUGGCUAUUUGGUUGCCUAGCUGCCUAUCCGUUUGGGAUAUUCUCCGUGAAAUCGCGCACGGAGUCAGCCAGCUUACGCCAACAGGAAAUCGUGUGAAGUUUCGACGUGUGACGACGACAGGGCGUGCGUUCCUUUGGCCGCUCGCUUGUUCGCCUUUACGUGACAACGCCUAGUGAGAAUCGCGCCCCUUUCUCGACCGACCACGAGCAUCGAGUUUAUUCACCAACAUUUUCACGGACUCUAUGGAUUUCAUGGACUAGCACACUUUUACGUUCGCUUACUCGACCGACGUCGUGCAGUGCUCCCUAGCACGACCUACGAUCUCUUCAUUCUUCCUUUAUUUCCUUUUCUUGCACCACAGCCUCAUCCUCGUUGCCCUGCUCUUGCUCGGAAACGCGUGAACAGUAGGUUACACCAGGUACGCUACGCGUUUCGAGUUGUGUAGUGCGCCGUCCUUGUGAGUGCAGUGAAUUCUUUACCAUCGUCUUCGCGGAAUGCCGUCUCCUCAGGGUGGGCUCCAUCGUCUCUAGCCUCCUCGUCUGCUGAUAAAGUGCAGCAGAGGCAUCAACGCGUCUUAAGUGUCGCAAACCCCUCCAGCUCUCACAGUGCCUCCAUUGCCCCCAACAUGUCAUCCGCGACGAUUGUGGACCGGAUAGACCCCUUCGCCAAGCGCUCUCUCAAGAAGAAGAGCAAGAAAUCCCAGGGAUCAUCCCGCUAUCGUAAUUCUCAAGAUGUUGAACUUCAGCAGCUUCCCCAACUGAGAGAUGUCACGCCGGCGGAACAGGAAGAGCUCUUCAUCACGAAGCUACGGCAGUGCUGCGUGGCUUUCGACUUUAUGGAUCCAGUUGCGGAUCUCAAGGGCAAGGAAAUCAAACGUAGCACGCUCAAUGAACUGGUCGAAUACAUCACAGCGGGACGAGGCGUUCUUACCGAGCCGGUCUACCCCGAAAUCAUUAGGAUGAUUUCGGCAAACCUAUUCCGUACGUUGCCACCUAGUGAAAGCCCGGACUUCGAUCCCGAAGAAGAUGACCCUACCUUGGAGGCGAGCUGGCCCCACCUUCAGCUGGUUUACGAAUUCUUUCUUCGUUUUCUCGAGUCCUCGGACUUCCAGCCUACCAUCGGCAAAAAGGUUAUCGACCAAAAAUUUGUGUUACAGUUAUUGGAUUUGUUUGACUCGGAAGACCCCAGGGAGAGAGAUUUCUUGAAAACAGUGUUGCAUCGUAUCUAUGGAAAGUUCCUCGGCCUUCGGGCAUUUAUACGCAAACAGAUUAACAACAUUUUCCUCAGGUUUGUGUAUGAGACGGAACACUUCAAUGGAGUCGGCGAACUUCUCGAAAUUCUGGGAAGCAUUAUCAAUGGAUUUGCUCUACCCUUGAAGAUCGAACACAAGCAGUUCUUGGUGAAGGUCGCAGAGAGAGCACUGUACUUUUGGAACAACGAGUACAUAAUGUCCCUGAUCGAAGAGAACAAUCAUGUUAUAAUGGGAAUCAUGUUUCCAGCACUGUAUAGGAUCAGCAAGGAGCAUUGGAACCAUACUAUUAUCGCCCUUGUCUACAAUGUUCUCAAAACCUUCAUGGAAAUGAAUAGCAAGCUCUUUGAUGAACUUACUGCCAGCUAUAAGUCUGAGAGGCAAAAAGAAAAGAAGAGGGAAAAGGAGAGGGAUGAACUGUGGAAGAAACUGAAUGAGCUGGAGCUUGAACGACGUGGGGCUCUCACAGCCACCCCUAACACACCAGUUCCUGCCACUACUGCACCUGCGACACGAGCCCGCCCCUGAGCUGGUGGAAACUCACUACCACGCUGCCCAACUGUUAGUCCUUAGUUUACGUCGAUGGUCCAUACACUACAAGCAAAAAAAAAAGAAACAAAUUAUCGUUGUUAGUGAAAACGAAGAUGACAUUCUUGACGUAAUAUAAUUCCUUUCUUUAGUUGCGCCUAAAAGGCGGAGCGGAGGAGGGGGACAGAAGAAGCAGUAACUAUAUUUUAUUCUCCUUUGAAGCCAUGAUGAUCGGUUGGUGAUGAUUUUUAAUGAUUUUGUUGUGUAUAUUAAUUUUUAAUAUUUUUGACGGCAAUGAUUUAAGUUGUAUGGUUUACUCAGUGUCAGCACAUAAUACGAGGAUGUUAGUCCCUUCUUAAUUAAGGCUAGCUGUGCUCCGUGGGAGGUGAAAGGGAUGACCGAGGUGGGUGGGAAUAAUUCGGGCAGUGGGGGAAGGAGAGUUAUCGUUAAUCUUCUGUAAUUCAUACGUUCGAUUGGGAUACGUUGGAGGAUUGUGUAGAAGGUAGAAAACAAAUUUAGGAGAAUAAAUGGAUAGAGAAAUGAGCCAAGUCAACUCUUAACCAUCCUGGUGCGGUGAGAUAUCAGACUGCCAGUCAGCCAGCCAACCAAUUGAAUCAACCAAGCAGUUAGCCCAGCCAGCCAUCCUAUUAUCCAGCUAGCCAGCAACCAACCAACCAACCAGACAACCAGUCAGCUAGCCGACCAUCCACCCACCUCGUUCCAGUCUUCACCUCCGACAGCCGGCAGGGGCGUUGUUUGAAAUGUAUCAUAUAUUCGUAUUAAUGAUAAUAACUAUAACAAAACAUAAUAAAUUAGGUAAAUAUA